ACUUCUGUUUUUACGGAAUGCUUUAGAUGAACCAGAACAGAUGUUUACGCGAGGUCUCACACAAAUGGUACUACACUGCUAACUAGAGAUUAUGCUGUGUUCGUAUUUUAUUGUGCUGUAGUUGGAUAAUCUUCACAGAAGUAGAUAAGCAGCGAUGCAGACACAAAUAGAGAUCGCUUGACCGCCCGGCUAUCGUUCACUUGAUUGUUUGCAGUGCAUGGAUCGGAGAUCGUUAUACGACGUUUGUGCCUAUCUACUGUGUAUAGCCUUUUGCUUCGUAUUUGGAACGUGAAUCUUUCAAUGGAUUAGGCACACGUUUGUAAACAGACGAUUGUGUAUGUUUAUUUCAGUAUGUGUUCUGUGUCGAAGACGUGUGUGUCACAGGAUUACAGACGGCUUUCCCACCAUGACAUGGAAUACUAUAUCCGGUAAUUCCCGAUGCAUAUAUCUCAGGGAAGUCAUUUUCAAUAAGAUGUGGGUUCGCAGCGGAUCUGACCACAUCUGACAUUUGUUUUAUGAUUUGUAGAUCAGCACAUAAUUUUAUUUUCAAUGUGCAUGUUCCAUAUAUUGUACUGUACAGUUGAAUGGCUUUGUGAUACUAUAGUCAUUCGUUAGAUUUACAACCUUCUGUUUUACACGAACCCCCGCAAACAAUAGCUAGUACUAUGGACACUACGAACGAAAGACAGCCACGAAAACCACUACGAUCAUGGACGAAAGGAUCACAAAAAGAAUGGGAAAGACGAGAAAACGGAAUGAUCAGUCCCCGAGCGUUAUACGGUCGAGGGGAAUGGGCGUUACGAGAAUGCGAGGAACAUACAACAUGGGCUAACAAUCAUUUGAAGAAGAAAAAGUUCCGUCUAAUUGAUGAUUUACGAAAACGGAUUGGAGAUGGUACUACUUUGGUUAAUCUACUUGAAAUACUAACAAAUGAGAAAAUUCCUGGAAUUAACAGUCGUCCAAUAAUAAGAGCACAAAAAGUUGAGAAUAUUCAGAGGUGUCUUCAGUAUCUUGAUGCUAAAGGGGUGCCUCUGUAUGGUAUAACAACAGAAGAACUUGUUGAUGGUAAUUUAAAAUCCAGCCUAUCUCUUAUAAGUACUGUCAAAGAUAGUUUUGAGCCCAAGUACCAGCUGAAUGGUGCAGGCUCAAACAAUCCAGGUGUUGGUAGAGUCAAUAAUGAUGGAGAAGCAGCCUUAGGUUUCUAUUCUUCAUCAGUAUUACCAGGAACAAUGGCAGAUGCUGUGCCAGCAAGUAACCAUCAAAUAUCGCACACAGAGAAAAUUGUGUCUACAACUCAGUUAGACAAAAGGAAAGUUGAGCAACAUGGUGCGGAUCAGAGACGACAACAGCUGAUAAGAAGUAGUUCUAGUACAAUUACGCCACAACCCCAACGAUCACCACCAAAUGCUUGGUCAUCAAAUACACAACACCCUGUGAGAGAUACAGUAUCCUUAACUGUAGAGGAAAGAUUGAAAACAUUGCUUGAUAGUCCUCAUCCAGGUGUUUUACAGCAGCAAAAUAAUAAGGACUAUGAUGACGGUGAAUUACUGCAACCUCCACCACCACCAAGACGAACACCAUCUCGAUUCAUGGAUGAUAAUGAUAGUGACGAUGGACGAGUUAAAACAAUGACAGACGGAACUGUCAAAUAUGAUGCAUAUAGCGGUGAUUGGGAUCCAUAUCCUUCAACUUAUGUGCCUUCACAUGUUGGAGAGAAAAAAGAAGGACCUAGAGUUCAAGCCCUUCUUGAAAGACCCAGGACAACAUCACCAACAUCUCCAAGGCAAAACCAUGUGAACAACAGAAUGUCACCACCAUCAUCAUCUCAACCAGGCAAUACUAAAUCUCCUAGCAAUUCAACCAGUAGUUCAUCACUUGUGACUCCCAGUUGGCAGCAGACAAGAGCUCCGUCGUCUGGAAGUGUAGAUAACCUAACUAGAGCUCCACCGUCUAGCAGUGUAGAUAACCUAAGAGAUGCAUGUAACAAAUUAUACAGUGGUCAUCCUAGUCAGACUCCACCCUAUCUUCCAAGGAAACUCCCUACUUACUAUGAGCACCUGCAUAGACAUCCCGGCCAACAAUCUGAUUGGAGAGACCAGUCACCAACCAGGCAAAGAGAAUCCAGUCCAUCUAGAGAGAGAGAAUCAAGUCCAACAAGGCAUUCUUCAAACAAAUUAAGGGAAUCAAGUCCAACAAGACAGUACUCAAGAGAUGUCAGUCCUACAAGACAACCUCAUCACUUUCAUGAUUCUGCGAGAUCAUUGCCACAAAACACGAUAGAGAACCCUUAUGAGAGAGCAAGAAGUAGAGACUCUAGUCCCAUUAGGAAAAAUAUGAAUCCUGCUGUUGAGAAUAAAACACAAGCCACACAUGUGCAUAGACCGUAUCCUGUCAGCAAUUAUCAGCAGGACCAAAGACGAAUGGAGUUAUAUCAAAAAGAACUUGAAAAUGAAAGACAACAGAAAUCAGUAACUACACAUAAUUCACUUCCAAUUAAUAGACUAGCUUCACAAGAUUCCAAUUACUCCACAGUGUCAUACAAUAGUAUAACUGACUCUAUGACAUCAGCUCACACACAAAUGUCUUCAUACCUCAGUAAUUUGCCAUCUUCCAUAAAAACCACCGGAUUACAUUCAUCGUCGCGAGUUCCACCAAAAGUGCGAGAGAAUCCACAUGCAGAAGGUAGAAUUGACCUUGAACUGAACUAUACACCAAGUGAGAGCUCUUCUAGAUCACAUACACCUCCCUUACCACCGUUAUCACCUGAUAACACUCCUCCCAUUACGCCACCGGAGUCUCCCCCGCCAACCAGGUCACGUACUAGUUCUCGCUUAUCACCGUUUGAACAGUUAGCUAAAAUGAAAAAUGGGAGUGACAGGCGGAAAAAAGGAUAUAACAGAGGACCAAGCUCACAGAUACGAUUGUAUCCACAUGGGUUGUUUCAUAGGGGAAGUGGGAGAAAUAAACAAAGGAAGAGAUAUGAGAAACCCAUCUUAGCACCUCCUAUUGCAGAACUUGCAAAAAGUGAAGAUUCUAAUGAAGAUGAUACAGUCAGAGAUAGUGAAUCUAUUACAUUACACCUGGACACUGGGCAAGACAGCUAUGGAUUAGCCUCAGAGUCACAGACAGAAGAUAGUUCCCGACCAAGAGUAGAUGCCGAUAGUGUCCGCCAUCAACUAAUAGCACUUGAAAAGAUGUACCAAGAUAUCUUGAAUGUAGUUAGUGGGAAUAAAGACGAUAAAUUUGAAAGCAGAAGAUUUUCUGGAAGCCAGCAGUCAUUACAGUCCCGUGGUAGAUUCCGAGGGAGUGUGAAACGUGGACAAAGAGAUAAAGAUGUGAAAUUGGUCAAUAGACGUUUUGCUCGAGUGGAAUCCCAUGUAGUGACAUUAGCCCGUAGUGUGGCUCAUCUAUCAUCAGAACUCAGAUCACAAAACUCCCUAAUUCAAGAAAUAGAGUUUUUAAAACAAGAAAUAUUACAUUUAAAAGAAUUUCACAUGAUUCAAUCUGGUGACUUUAUAAUGUCAAGAAAUCACCGACUGAAGCCUGUACCGCCAUCAGCAAACUCACAUAGAAUCCAAAAACUGACUAAAUUUUUUGGUGAAGAGCCACCAUUACUUGCAAUAUUUUUAAAGCAGCUUGGAUAUGAGAAAUAUGUUCCAAAUUUUGACCGAGAGAAAGUUGGCAUGAUAGAACUUCCAUUUCUCAAUGAACAACGAUUGGAGAAGCUAGGAAUUCCUACGGGACCAAGAUUACGUAUCAUGCAUGAAGCACAACUGAUUAUGUCCUGA